AUGUCGACUGGAGACCUCGUGCCCUGGAACCGACUGGUACGAUUCGUAUCAGCAACGGACGGCCAAAAGAAGUUUGGCGAGCCCAUCGUCAGCUCGCCAGAUGCCGAUAUUGCAGCACUGGCUCGGAGUGGGAGUCUAGAGGUUGUGGUUCUCCAUGGCGACGACCCGCUGUCUGCUCAGCCUACCGACAAGCGAGACAAGGUCCAGAAGUUGCUGGGUCCGCUGAGAGUCAGCGAUGUACCCAUCAUCCGGUGCAUCGGCCUGAACUACAAGACACACAUAAAAGAGACCAGAAGAGCGCUACCAGAAGUUCCAACAGUCUUCACCAAGCCCGCACCCAGCAUCGCAGACCACGAUGCAGCUAUACCAAUUCCGAAAAUCGCCCAGCAGCAGUGCGACUACGAGGGCGAACUGACAGUGCUGAUCGGGCGGGAUGCCAAAGACGUCAGCGUGGCGGACGCGCUCUCGGUCGUGGCCGCUUACACCGUCGGCAAUGAUGUCUCGGCGAGGGACUGGCAGCGCGAGCCAGGCAAAGCCGGUGUCGUGCCACAGUGGUCGUUCAGCAAGUCCUUCGACAAGUACGCGCCGCUGGGUCCAGUGCUCGUUGCGCAGAAGUUGCUGGGUGCGGCAGACCAGCAGGAGUUGACGACGAGGGUCAACGGGGCGGUACGACAGUCAGGGAGUACUGGAGAUCUUUGCCACGGGGUGCAAGAGCUCGUUGCGUUCUGCUCGCAAGGCCAGACGCUGCAGAGAGGUAGCCUUAUCAUGACGGGAACUCCUGGCGGUGUGGGCUUGUUCAUGAAGCCCCCGACUUUCCUUCAGGAUGGUGAUGAGGUAGAGGUCGAGGUCUCAGGCAUUGGCAAGCUGCGGAAUACGAUGACGUUCCUGUAG